AUGGGAGGAUUCAGUUCAAUCAGCACUGCCGCGCGGCGGGUGACGAAGCGCGAGACUCCGACGAUCUAUCCCGAUCACGCGACCUCGGUAGCUGCUAGGACGCAUUCGAUGCUUUCUCCGACUCUGAAUACAGCUAAUGGGGAACACUCCCGACCUCCCACUGGAGCAUCAUCUGCACCGUCUACGAAUGCCGGGACUUCUGCUCCUCCCGAGAAUACUGCGGGAAUCCCGCUUUCAGUCCCGGAAGCUCCGAGCACAUCUGACAUUUUCGAGCACUUCGCCAUCUACACGGAGAAAUGUCGAAUACGAGAUUAUGACUACAACGACCCGAUAGUUCUGAAAGAAUACUUCUCAGGCGAAAUAGCGCACUGCAAACCGGAUGCGAAGCCAUUUGUAUUCCGCCCGGAAAUGAAUCUUACAGGAGGCUUCUCGUGUAUCGGUUUCGACGCCGAAAUAUCUCGGCUACACUAUAACGCAACGACUGAAGACUGGAAGUGCAUAUACAAGGAGUGUAUUCGAGGGGAACGGUAUCAAAUUAUCGACGGUCACUUCGACUACGGUGCAACAAGAGCUUUCGUGCCUGGUGAUUGUCCCCCUUACGAAUACCUCUGGAUAGAAUGCAUCUUGGAAAAACAGAAUAUCCGGAAUUAUAGCCAACCAUUGUUAUUGCCCGUCGUCAAACCUGCGAAGAAAAAUAUACGUCGCAAUAAUCUCAGAAGGAAACCGCUGAAUGUUCUCGUGCUCGGAAUGGAUUCGGUUUCCCGACUCAACGCUCACAGGCAGUUCCCAGAAACCCUGAAGUUCCUGCAAACAAAGAAGAACCUUGUAGAGCUUUUCGGCUUCAACAAGAUCGGGGUGAAUUCGGCUCCGAAUCAGAUUCCUCUGGUGACGGGAAUCAAAUACCUCGGGGAUAACUUGCAGGCCAGAGUCACUAAUAAAUACUUCGAUAACGAAACGAGGUAUCUUUGGGACGAUUACGAGUCUCGCGGAUACCGUACAAUGUUCUUCGAGGAGCAAUGGAAGUACGGACUCUUCAUCUACCCAUCGACCCAUGGCUUCAAGGAGGUCCCCACGACGUAUUGGCCGCGACCUCUAAUCCAGGCUGUGGAUUGGUCCGACUUGAAACGAGAUGGUUACGAAUGGUGCAUCGGUACGGAUUUUCCAGCGAAGUACUAUCUGGAAUACACAUCGAAUAUGUUUCGCAUGUUGGGCAGCGAUCGUCCCCUCUUCUCCUACUCAUGGUUGAGCGAAAUCGCACACAACGACCUCAACGGAGGAAUCCGAGCCGAUGGCUAUUUCCUCGAUUUUUUCAAGAACAUGGACAAGCACGGUCUGUUGGACACGACCGCCAUUUUCUUCAUUUCUGACCACGGUUUCCGCUUCGGGUACUUCCGUCAAACCGAACUCGGCAGAUACGAAGACAUGCUUCCAUACGGGUUCAUAUUGAUGCCGGACUCGUACUACGAGCAGUAUCCGGAGGCCUUGACGAACGUGAGAACGAAUGCGCGCCGCCUCGUGACCGUUUACGAUCUACAUGUCACCAUGUUGGAGCUGGCAGACGCUUGGGACGAGGACAGAGUUGUGCGGACUCCCAACGGUUAUAGUUUGUUCAGUACCGUCAUCCCGGAGAAUAGGACUUGUCUCGACGCAGGAAUCAGCUUCCAGUUCUGCUCGUGUUUCGAAUCCCAUCCUUACGACGUGGGAGGCCCCUUAGCAUUAGAAGUCGCCAGAUUCGUAAUCGAUACCAUCAAUGAGAUCGUACGCAACAACUCGGCGACAGAGAAAUGUUCUUAUUGGGAAUUGAAUGCCAUCGAGACCUUCUCUCAACUCUCGGAAGGCAAUCACUGGACGAAUUUUUUCAAAAUUUCUAUCAAAACAAAACCUGUGGCGCAGUUCGAGGCCGCAGUAGAGCUCCUCUCGAAUAAGAGCUGGACUCUCUUGUCGGAGAUCGAUCGAACGGAUUGGUUCAGCUCCCAUGCGGGAUGCGCCAAAAGCACUGACUAUGAGCGUUAUUGUUACUGCAAGAAUAGCUGACGAGUUUCGCUCUUAAAUAUACUGAUGAAUUCUCGAGCUUUCUGUCCUGUACACUUGUAACCCGGAAUAUAUGUCCACCUAUACCCU